AUGAAAGUCGUCAGCAAAGAAGAAGAAAAAGCCCACUACAACGUCGUCGUAAAGGGCGGCCUCUAUGGCGGCACAGCAGGUCUAGCUCUCGGCAUGGGAGGCGUCCUCCUCGCCUCGCGUCGCUACCCAGCCUUCCGCCAGCUCACACUCCCCUUCCGCGCAUUCCUCAUCACCUCGACCGCGACCUUUGGCGCCAUCGUCAACGCCGAGCGCUUCUCGACCAACUUCCAGCGCGCAAACGACCCCAGCUACGGGUACAAGGAUGCGUCGCAGCGCGCCAUCCAGGUCGCGCGGGAGAAUGAGUCGGCCUACCAGCGCUUCAUGGAAUGGGGCAAGCAGAACCGGUAUAGCAUCGUGUUUGCCUCAUGGCUGGCGAGCAUGGCCGUUGCGCUGGCCAUUGUCGGCAGGGCCCCGAUGAGCACUUCGCAGAAGUUGGUGCAGGCUCGUGUGUAUGCGCAGGGCUUGACGCUGGCGGUGCUGGUGGUGAGCGCUGCGUUUGAGAUGAAUGAUGCGAAGAAGGGGAGUGGGCGGUGGGAGACGGUCAUGGUGCUGGACCCGAAUGAUCCGGAGCAUAAGCACUUGAUUGAGAAGAAGAUUCACAAGGAGGAGUAUGAGGGUCAGGAUUUGUGGAUGGAUAUGGUUGAGGCUGAGGAGCGACGACUCGCCGCGAAAAAGGCCGCUGGUAACAAGGCAUAA